AUGGUUCAGUGGUACACAUCUCCCGAGCUUCAGUCGCAUCACGAUGAUGCGUUCGGAUCUCGGAAGCCAGGGACACGGACCCUUCCCCCAGGCCACGACGAGGCGAGCUUCCAGCGUGUCCUGGAUGAGUUCCGAGCCAUCGUCGGCCAAGAGAACGUCAUAAUCGGUGAGGCGCUGGUCAACUUCCGCGACCCGUAUCCCUUGUUUGAGGAAGGAUUCGAGGCAUCCGCUGGAUUAUGCCCAGCCUCUGUCGAGGAGAUCCAGGCCAUCCUCAAGAUAGCCAACCAGCACCAGGUCCCCCUGUGGACUUGCUCGCAGGGCAAGAACUUCGGAUACGGUGGGCCUGCACCUCGGGUUGCUGGCUCUAUGGUGCUCUCUCUCCAGAGAAUGAACCGCAUCCUAGAAGUCAACGAGAAACUGGCCUACAUAGUGUUGGAGCCUGGAGUCACCUUCUUCGAUGUCUACAACUACCUUGUCGAGAACAAGCUUGAUCUUUGGGUCUCCGUCCCGGCUCUGGGCUGGGGAAGUGUCCUGGGCAAUGCAAGUCAACUCUCUUUCCCGACUCUGGACCGUGGCCAUGGCUACACAAUCUCGGGAGAUCGCCAGCACUUCAUCGGCAGCUUGGAGGUGGUGCUGGCUUCGGGGGACGUCCUCCGGACUGGCCAGUGGGCUGUGCCUAAUUCCCCCAGCGCGCAUGCCUGCCCCAACAGUUUCGGUCCCCAAGUCGAUGGCCUCUUCCUACAGAGCAACCUGGGUAUCGUCACAAAGAUGGCUGUGGCCCUCGACGCGGCCCCGGCAUCUUUUAUGGACGUCAGGGUCCACUGUCCCGAAGUCGAAGACAUUGCGCCCCUCAUUGAUGCGCUCCAACAGCUGGAUCGUGAAGGAAUCACACAGAGCCACGGCAUGAUCACUAAUAUCAACCACUUUGCCUCUCAUGAUGCGCCCAAGCAUGAGCAGCAGAGCGUGCCGGGGCCUCUGACCCCCGAGAGUAUCGCCUCCCUGAAGAAGAAGUACAACACGGGGUACUGGCGAUGCCAGGUGUCCCUGUAUGGGCCCACACAGCUGGUGGUCGCCCGUUGGAGCAGAAUGCAGGAAGUUGUCACCCAGAAACUGCCCAACGCCUGGGCCGAGCACACGCUCUACGAGGGCAAGGAUGGCAGGCCUGUAGACAACAACCAGAUCGGAACACUGGCUGCAGGUGUUCCUUCAAUGCUCGCCGUCAAGCUCGCGGACUACAACCUUCCUGCUGAUGGGACAGGAGCGGGCGGACACAUCGACACGACCCUUAUCCUUCCGUGUGAGGGCGACACUGUCUUGGCAUGGUUCCGGAAAGCAAGGGCCAUCAUGGAGGAGCAGGGGGUUGACCCAUUCAUCGGCUGUCACGUCUUCUCGAAGUAUAUUCUCUUUGUUCAGGAGUACGUCUUUGACAAGACCAGUACCAAGGCGCGUGAAGGUGGCCGCAAAGUGGUCAAGGCUUUGCUCACUGAGGCGAAGAAGAAUGGCUUUGCCAAUUAUCGAUCUCAUGUACAGCACAUGGACGCCGUCCAGAAUCUGUAUGGGUUUAAUGGCCACAUUUAUAGAAGAUUCGUCGAGACUCUUAAGGCUGCCGUGGAUCCAAAUGGUAUCCUAUCUCCCGGAAAGCAGGGCAUCUGGCCGCUUAAGAAUCUGGUUCAUCUACCUUUGCGCAGGACUUGA